AUGCUCAUCUCGCUUCAGUCUAUCAAGACCCUGCUUCUCCAUGUAUUGGCAUGUGGCGGGCUUGCCGAGACUGUUUCAGGGGAAGUCCUGGAUCUGAGUCCUAGAACGAACGCGUCUGAGAUUGUGACUUGGGACGAGUAUUCGGUGAUGAUACGUGGAGAACGUAUCAUGUUCUAUUCUGGCGAGGUUCACCCGUUUAGACUGCCCUCUCCAGGUUCUUGGCUCGAUGUGUUCCAGAAAAUUAAGGCUGCCGGGUUCACAGGAGUUUCAUUCUAUCUCAUGUGGGCCCUGCUGGAGGGUGAGCCGGGCCAUGUACGAACCGACGGUGUAUUUGCGCUCGAGGAAUUCUUCAGAGCUGCCUCUGAUGCAGGGAUAUACCUCCUGGCUCGCCCAGGGCCAUAUAUAAAUGCUGAGACUUCGGGAGGGGGGUUUCCAGGCUGGGUGCAGCGAGUCAGUGGCCUAAUAAGAUCUAACAACCCCAAGUUUACCGAAAUCAUUAGGCCCUAUUUGUCACAUGUUGGCCAGCUCAUUGCCGACGCCCAAGUCAGCAAUGGAGGCCCUGUUAUCCUUGUCCAGCCUGAGAAUGAGUACUCGAUUUGCAGCGACUACACUACUCCUGAAAGUACCACUGCCUGUCUCGAGCCAGAGUACAUGGCUACCGUGGAAGAAAUACUACGCGAGGCAGGAGUCAAUGUGCCUUUUAUAAGCAAUGAUGUAGCUCCAGUGGGAAAUUGGGCCCCUGGAUCCUCGGCUGGAGCAGUUGAUAUCUACGGAAUAGACGUAUAUCCUUUGGAUUGGUCCAGUGGAUGCAUGGACCCCCAAAACUGGAAGAGAGGGCACUUUCCGCUUGACAGGCUCAACUUUUCACUUCACAACAGCCUGAGCCCGAACACUCCAUUUUCUGUUGUCGAGGGCCAAGGUGGUGCCGCAGACUUUUGGGGAGGCGUGGGUGUCGACGUCUGCGCUGAAAUGGUCGAUCACAAAUUUGCAAGAGUCUUCAACAAGUUCCUUUACGGCAUGCGGGCGACUGUGCUGAACCUCUACAUGAUGUUCGGGGGCACUAACUGGGGCAAUCUGGGACACCCUAAAGGGUACACCUCAUAUGACACCGGCGCAGCAAUUUCGGAAAAUCGUCUGUUGGGGCGGGAAAAGUACUAUGAACUCAAGCUCCAAGGCUUCUUCCUUCAGUCUUCACCAUCCUACCUCAUUUCUCACCCGGAUGAUGGAACUCUCGGCGAGUAUACAGACACUGAUACCUUAAUGGUGAACCGCCUCAAGGGGGAAGAGACCACCUACUAUGUCACGAGACAUGCCCAGUAUGACACUAUGCUCUCACAGUCAUAUUAUCUGACGGUCCCAACCAAGCUCGGGCAAUUCAAGGUUCCACAACUUGGUGGAUCUUUAACUCUCGAGGGUCGGGACUCCAAAAUACAUGUCACUGACUACCCUGUCGGAAAUACGACACUCAUAUAUUCGACUGCAGAGAUUCUUGCCUGGAGGGGUUUCCCCUCAAAGACGGUUCUACUGCUGUAUGGCAGCGACCAAGAAACGCACGAGUUUGCACUUCCUCGCGGCUUGGGAUGCCCCACCGUCGUUGAAGGCCCUCCUGUUAAAUGCCAGCCGGAUGAGUCUAUUUCAGUCAUAAAUGCAGUGUUACGCCCUGGCAGACGAGUACUCCGCUUCAACUCAAGCCUCGAAAUUUACCUGCUUGAGAGGAGCGAAGCCUAUAAGUACUGGGUGGUUGAUGUCCCCGCACCACCCCCGGUCGAACGCUUUACCUCACCUUCAAGGCUGGCAUCCACAGAGUUGAGCGUUAUUGUCAGGGGCGGCUAUCUGAUCAGGUCUGCCACGUUUAAUGCAACGUCACUCUACCUAUCAGGAGAUGUCAAUAGCACAACAGAGAUCGAGAUCGUUGGUGCUCCGAGAGUGCCCGAGCAACUGUUUUUCAACGGGAAAGCCAUCGAAACUUUGGUCGAAGCGGCUCGUGUGACCGGCAUCGUGCAGUACACUUCUCCAAAUAUCACUUUGCCAACUCUAUCGCAACUUCAUUGGCAUCAUAUUGAUUCUCUACCAGAAAUCAGUGCACAGUACAACGACGAGAACUGGAUCAUUUGCAACAAAUUAUACAGCAACAAUACGCGCAAUCUCACAACCCCUACUUCCCUUUACGCAGGGGAUUAUGGCUUCCACUCUGGAUCACUUCUGUACCGCGGCCACUUUAAUUCUUCUGGCGGAGAGUCAUCUUUCUCCAUUCUGACACAAGGUGGUGACGGCUUCGGGCAUUCUGUUUGGCUGGACUCCAUAUUUCUUGGGUCAUGGGUAGGUUCAGCUGGUAUAGGAAGCCGGAACCAGACCUUUGAUUUCAGUGAGAAACUGGAGCCUGGCACAUCACAUGUGCUCACUAUUCUAAUUGAUCACAUGGGUCUGCGUGAUAAUUGGGAAGCGGACGGUGAGGGUAUGAGAGAGCCCCAUGGCAUACUUGAGUACGCCCUCCGAAGCUCGUGCAAGCGUACAGAUAUCUCGUGGAGAAUGACCGGCAACAUCGGCGGAGAAUCUUACCUCGACCACAGCCGCGGCCCAUUGAAUGAAGGCGCCAUGUUCGCUGAGAGGAGUGGGCUCCAUCUUCCUGGGGCUCCUUUUACUUCGUGGGAAAAAGGCUCCCCGCUACAAGGCCUAGAUCAAGCGGGUGUUCACAUAUUUGGCUCAGCGUUCAAUCUCUCCCUUCCCACAGGUUAUGACAUUCCCAUCAGUCUUAACAUUGCGAACAUAACUCAUUCUGCCCUGGAAGGAGGAGCAGUUCCCAACUUCAGAGUUCAAAUCUUUCUCAAUGGUUGGCAAGUUGGUAAAUACAUCAGCAAUCUGGGGCCUCAAAGCCGCUAUGUGCUCCCCGAGGGUAUUCUCAAUCACCAUGGCAUGAACUAUCUGGCCUUGACUCUCUGGUCCCUUGAUGAGACGGGAGCCAAGCUUGGUGGAUUCACGCUCGAGGUAGACGGCAUUCUUCAGAGCGGCAAGAAGCCAGUGUCUUUGGUCACUGGCAGUGGAUUUACUGAGCGUCCAAAGGGCUUAUAUUGA